AUGGAGAAAUUGGAGAAGAAAAAACCCUCCACUGCAAGAAGUGAUGUCACGGCGGAAAAACAAACUCAACUGGACGACAUAUUUGAACAGAUGGGUGAUUUUGGAAGGUUCCAGCUCCGUGUGUUGCCCCUGUUUUGUCUGUGUAGUACCCUUGCUUCCUUACAAUAUAUGUCUGUACCGUUUAUGGGAUACACACCGGAGCACAGACUAGGACGUCGAACCGCUCUGGGCUGUGCCUUACUGUUUCUCAGCGCUUCUGGGCUGGCUUCAACAUUUUCGCCAAAUGUCGUUACCGCGAUCUUGUUCAAGUUUCUUAUCGGAGCAUCCUCCAGCGGGGCAUACACGACGUCGUUCUCAUUUGGAAUGGAAGUCGUAGGGCCCAAAAAGAGAAUGUUCGCCGGGAUCAUCAUGCAUUUUUUCUUUGCCGCUGGAAGUUGCGGGACUUCUGGUAUUGCCUACGCCCUCCGACACUGGCGCUAUCUACAGGCAGCGAUAACUGCACCUGCCUUACUGCUUGCAGUGUACACGUGGACUGUGCCGGAAUCCAUAAGAUGGCUAUUGUCCAGAGGUCGAAAGGAGGACGCAAAACAAGUCGCCAAGAGAGUGGCUCGUCAGAACGGCCGCCAUAUUAAGUCUUAUGAUAUAUUUGAUAAUCUGAAAGUCGACGCCGUUCCACAGAAGUCUAACGGAAUACUCAAGGAAUUGUGGAAGACGCCUCGACUGGUAUUUCAUACGGUGCUCCUCUCAUUGAUUUGGGGAUUAGUGGAGGCCACUUGGUUCGGUAUCUCAUUAAACAGCGGCAAUAUUGAAGGCAGCAUCUUCGUCAACUAUUUUCUGCGUGAGUUACAAGGUCAAAACAUGUUCAGCAGUAAGAGCACUUUGCCACUCAUCAUCUUCGGUGUGAUAUCCGUAUCUGGUGGACUUGCUUCGAUUCUUCUUCCGGAAUCAGCCAACAAGCCCCUUCCACAAACCAUAGCGGAAGUUCGAAAUGCGUACACUUCACUUCCGGCAAAAAUCGCACUCGCAGUUAUUGGUGUCAGGGAGCCAGAUUCCCCUCCUCCUAACUAA